CCUAACAUUGGAUAAUUUUAAUGUAACCUGUGAUGAACUGAAUAUUUGUGCUGUUAGGGGGACACUAAUGAGUGUGAACUGCGAUUACUCAAACAUCAACAUCAAAACUGUGUUCUGGUUCAGUCCGAAACAGAGAACAAACUGGAGAAACAAAGAUGAACCUGAAGAUUUGACUUUAGAUUCAGAUUACUCAGGACGAGUGUAUCAGAGGAUCACUAAAGAUCACUCACAACUCGCAAUAAGAGAUCCAAGAGAGAGAGACAGUGGAGAAUAUCAGCUCAUGUUCAUUAUGAAGGAUGGAGUUAAACAUCUCAGCUCAGUCACAGUCAAUCUAACAGUCACAGUUUUACAGGUGAAGAUGAAUCCUGAAUCUACAGGACAGCGAGUAAAACUGAGCUGUGAUUCCUCCUGCCCUUUAACAUCUAAAUAUAAUUACCUCUGGUACAAGAAUGGACAAUUUUUAACAUUUAACCAAAACAUAUUUGUGUCAUCCAGUGAAAACACUGACAGUUAUUUCUGCUCUGUGUCUUUUUCAUCGCCCUCUUCAUCUGUGUGUCUUUCUAACAGUAGCUGUUGGGGUGUGACUUACACCUCUACAGAAGUUUGUGCUUUAGUGGGAUCAACAGUAGAUAUUCACUCUUCAUACUCACAUCCCACUGGAGAUACAGUAAAUAAAACAUACUGGGAUUACAAUCGUUAUGAGGAAUACAGAGAUCUGCGUGAGGUUCAUCAGUUUGCUGGUCAUGUGGAGUUUGUGGGAAACACACUGAAAAUCAAAGACGUCAACACGAGUGACACUGGAUAUUAUAAGUUCAGGAUCAUCACUAACACAUCAGAUAAAGUUUCUGGUUAUCCUGGAGUCUAUCUUACUGUUACAGGUACACGAGUGAUAAGCAGCCCAGACCCUGUAAUAGAUGGAGAAAAAGUGAUAUUAAGCUGUUUAACCAAAUGCACUCUGGAUAACAAACAUACUUACAUCUGGUAUAAGAAUGGACAACAGGUAACAGAUGGAUUGACAUUAUUAAACAAGUUGUACCUGGACUCAAUCAACAGUGAGGAGCUACAAGAGUAUUCCUGUACUGUAAGAGGUAACACAACAUCUCAUCAUACAUCUGAUGAAAUUAUAUAAGAUACAGUUUCAGUCCUUGAUGCUGAUUAGUUUAUUUUCAGCUAUUACAUCAUCACUGACAGGCCCGGUACUAGGCUUGCUGGACUGGGGGGGGGCAGUCAGGAUUUUUGGGUGGGCAGCCAUUUCUCGACUAAAAUGAUUCAUACGCUAAAAUUAUGGAUGUUUCAAUCCAAUAUUACUUUGCAUGUCUUAUAAUAAAA